AUGUCGCUAUUUGGUUCAUCGCCAACUGAGGAUAGUCCAGCUGCGAGCUCGCCUGGCCCUGCUCGACGUGGUGGUGCUGGACUCUUUGAUAACGAGUCCGCAUCCGCAUCCAAGCCAUCCAACAGUCUCUUCGCGGACGAUGACGACUCCCACGAUUCGCCUUGGGAUAUGCCCACGCCGCGCAAGCAGCAGAGUCGCGCUGAUCUAAUCCGCAGCCUCCUCCCCGGUAGCGACGUGCCCGAUAGCUAUAUCGAGACCUUCGAUACAGUAGUGCGCGAAGAUGGGAGCGGGGGUCAGGUCACCUCGGGAGGUAUCGCAAAGCUCUUCGCUACAGCCAGGCUCGGAGCCGACGCCCAAGCUCGCAUCAUGUCCUUGGUAGCCCCAAGCGGCGGGGAUAUCAAGCUAGGUCGAAACGAGUUCAAUGUCCUACUGGCCCUGGUCGGUCUGGCACAAGAGGGCGAAAUUAUAAGUCUCGAUGGUGUUGAUGAGAGACGAAAACGCCUUCCGCAACCCAAGCUCGCCGGUCUCACUGCAGAGCCCAUCCUGCCUCCAGUUGCUGAACUUUCUGCGAAACCUCCUCAGACGCCUCCCAAAGAUAAUCCUCCUCAACCUCAACCUCAACAACAGCAAACUCCGCCUGCGCAGCAGCAGCCCAAGCAAUUUCGACCAGCUAUGGACGACCCUGAAGAUGACCCAUGGGGUAGCCCCGAUAUGCACAAGACCCACGAUCACGCAGCCAAAUCCAAUGGUGCCCAGCGUCAUAACACAAAUGGACAUGCAAGCUUCAGCCAAACACCUCCGACAACAGUCAUCGAUGCUCCUCCUCUGACCCAUGUCGCGUCGCCUCCUACGACUUCGCCGAAUAGUCGCAGACAGCCCAGCAGCAACUCGGUGACAGGACCUGGUGGAUGGGGAUACUUUGAUGGAAGCAAUCCCACCAUUGGAGGUUUCGGUGAAUCUCCAACUGCUGCUGUUCAGAACCCCUUCGCGACCGCUCCUGGAGCGACUCCCAACGCACAGCCUCCUCCAGGUCUUCAACAUCAUACUAGCAGCUCUAGAGUCAGCCGUGGCGCCGAAGAAAAUGUUCUUGUUACACUUAUGCCUGAAAAGGAAGGUGUCUUCAUGUUCCAGCAUCAUAACUACGAAAUCUCAAGCGUGAGGCGCGGCAGUAAGGUGAUUCGCAGAUACAGCGACUUCGUCUGGCUGUUGGAUUGUCUGCACAAGAGAUAUCCUUUCCGUAUCUUACCGCUACUUCCACCCAAGCGUGUAGGCGUAAACGGCAGUCAUCUGUCGAAUGAUGGCGCUUUCAUCGAGAAGCGAAGAAGGGGCCUGGCACGCUUCCUGAACGCUCUUGUUAGACAUCCGGUCCUUAGCCAAGAACAGCUCGUUGUUAUGUUCUUGACCGUCCCCACUCAUCAGGAACUGUCUGUGUGGCGCAAGCAAGCUACUAUUUCUGUUCAGGAUGAAUUUACCGAUCGAGCGCUACCCCCUGGCCUGGAGGAUUCUUUGCCCGCUGAGCUUGAGGAGCUCUUCUCUCGAACACGCAGUGGUGUCAAGCGUUCUGCUGAGCUUUACAUUAAUGUCUGUAAUAUCAUGGACCGUCUUGUCAAGCGAACCGAGGGUGUGGCUGCGGACCAUGCUCGUAUCGCCCUGUCUUUGGCUUCGCUCACAGAAACAUCCGAGGAUACAUACGCAACGGACACCAACGAGGUUCCGCUACUUAACGAUGGCCUUGUUGCCAUGAGCAAGCACCUCAGAACAACCCAGGCUCUGAUGGAGGACGAGAGCCGUGGUUGGGAUGAGGGUGUGCUGGAGGAUCUCAAGCGCCAACGAGAUGCUCUUGUGAGCGUGCGCGAGCUGUUCGAACGACGGGAAAGACUGGACAAGGAUAACAUUCCUUAUCUGGAGCGAAGAAUCCAGACCAACGAGAGCAAGCUUGCCAGCUUGAGAGCUAAACCAGAAGGUGUGGACAAGGAAUCUAUUGUCCAGCAACAUAAUCGUUCCAUCUUUGUCAAAGAGUGUAUCCGCGACGAACUCAGCACAUUCCAAUCAACACAGUACCACGUCAGCCGAUGGAACCAGGAUUGGGCUGGCGAACGAGUCAAGUAUGCAGAAAUGCUUGCAGACAACUGGCGACGAUUGCUCGAUGAACUCGAGGGCAUGCCGCUGGGAGAUUAG